UUCAUCCGUCCACGCAGAGAGAGAGAGAGAGAGAGAGAGAGAGAUGGAGGAGAACACGGAGAAGGUGAAGGGUGAGGCGCUGCAGAUAAUCGAAGCCUUUGAGGUUCUGCCAAAGCUCGUGGUUUUCGAUCUCGAUUACACUCUCUGGCCUUUCUACUGUGAGUGUCGAUCGAAGCGUGAAAUGCCCUCUCUCUAUCCUCACGCCAAAGGCAUAUUGUUAGCGCUCAAAGAGAAAGGCAUCGACGUUGCAAUCGCUUCUCGCUCACCAACCGCUGACAUAGCAACAGCUUUCCUCAACAAAUUGGGCCUCUCCUCACUCUUCGUCGCACAGGAAAUAUAUUCUAGCUAGACACAUAAAACAGAUCAUUUUCAGAGGAUUCAUUCGAGGACCGCUGUCCCCUUCAACUCUAUGCUCUUUUUCGAUGAUGAGAAUAGGAACAUCCAAUCGGUCUCUAAAAUGGGAGUGACUAGCAUUUUGGUUGGAGAUGGGGUAAAUCUUGGGUCGUUAAGGGAAGGUCUUAUUCAAUUCUCUCGAAACUGGAACGCUUCACAGAAGAACAAGCAGAAAUGGCUUUCCAAGUACUCUAACAAGCCAGAUACUUCCAACCCUGCUGCAUGAUUUUUUACAUCCCAUUGAGUUUUCUCUCUCAGGAUUUUUACUCAGAACAGCACACUAUUGUGUACCAAUAGUUGCCCUUCAAAUAAAAUGAAGCAAACUGAGAUUUUUAGUUGGAAAAUUGUAUGCAGAUCUUAGCAUCAUUGACAUGGACUCGUAUAUGUCAUGGGAAAACCUGGUAUUUUCAACAGCUUUGUAUAGUAUUGAAUGGGAAUUCUGUGGAUUUCAUUCAGAAACGAAUUAUGAAUUUGUAAGUAUUGUAUUGUAGCCACUUAGCCGAAAUUUUGGUUAGAUGAAAUUCCAGUUUGCAGAA